AUGAAGUGCUCCACCAUCUGCGCGGCCUUCUUCGCCGCCGUCGUCGCGGCCUCUUCAGACGUCACACAGCUGAAGACAGACACAUUCAAGGAGUUCGUCCAGGAGAACGACCUUGUCCUCGCAGAGUUCUUCGCGCCAUGGUGCGGUCACUGCAAGGCCCUGGCCCCCGAAUACGAGACUGCUGCCACGACACUUAAGGAGAAGGACAUCAAGCUCGUCAAGAUCGACUGCACAGAGGAGCAGGACCUCUGCAAAGAGUACGGCGUCGAGGGUUACCCCACCCUCAAGGUCUUCCGCGGCCUCGACAACAUCUCGCCCUACAGCGGCCAGCGCAAGGCCGACUCCCUGAUCUCGUUCAUGACCAAGCAGGCUCUGCCCGCCGUUUCUGAGGUCACCAAGGAUACCCUCGAAGAAUUCAAGACUGCCGACAAGGUCGUCCUCGUCGCCUACUUCGCCGCCGACGACAAGGCCUCCAACGAGACCUUCAACUCGGUCGCCGACGGUCUCCGCGACAACUUCCUCUUCGGUGCCACCAACGACGCUGCCCUUGCCAAGGCCGAGGGUGUUGAGCAGCCCGGUCUCGUCCUCUACAAGUCGUUCGACAAUGGCAAGGAUGUUUUCACCGAGAAAUUCGACGCCGAGGCCAUCAAGUCCUUUGCCACUGUCGCCUCCACCCCUCUCAUCGGUGAGGUCGGCCCCGAGACCUACGCUGGCUACAUGGCCGCCGGCAUCCCCCUCGCCUACAUCUUCGCCGAGACACCUGAGGAGCGCGAGCAGCUUGCCAAGGACCUCAAGCCCCUCGCCGUCAAGCACAAGGGCGCCAUCAACUUCGCCACCAUCGACGCCACCGCCUUCGGUCAGCAUGCUGGCAACCUCAACCUCAAGGCCGACGCAUGGCCCGCAUUUGCCAUCCAGCGCACCGACAAGAACGAGAAGUUCCCCUACGACCAGGACCUCAAGAUCAACGAGAAGGAGAUCGGUGCCUUCGUCCAGAAGUUCCUCGACGGCAAGAUCGACCCCUCCAUCAAGUCCGAGCCCAUUCCCGAGUCCAACGAUGGCCCCGUUACCGUCAUCGUUGCCAAGAACUACAAGGACAUUGUCAUCGACAACGACAAGGAUGUUCUCGUUGAGUACUAUGCUCCCUGGUGCGGUCACUGCAAGGCACUCGCUCCCAAGUAUGAGGAGCUUGGCCAGGCUUACGGUUCUUCUGAGCUCUCCAAGCUUGUAACCAUCGCCAAGGUUGACGCCACCGCCAACGACGUUCCUGAUGAGAUUCAGGGCUUCCCUACCAUCAAGCUCUUCGCCGCCGGCAAGAAGGAUGCCCCCAUUGACUACUCCGGCUCCCGCACCGUGGAGGACCUUGCCCAGUUCAUCAAGGAGAACGGUUCCCACAAGGCUGCCGGUGUCUUCGCUGAGGCCGCCGAUGCCGUGGAGGAGGGUGCUGAGGAGCUCGCUGAGCAGGCCAAGGCAGCCACUGAGUCUACUUCGUCGGGCGCAUCCGAGGCGACUGAGUCUGUCAAGUCCGCUGCUGCUGGCGCCGCUGAGGCCGUCAAGAGCGCCGCCGCUGCUGUCGUCGCUGACGAUGAGGAGAUCCACGAUGAGUUGUAG